AUGGUCCUCUGUUCUCUUUGGCAGCUCCGCCUUUCCCCUGUGAAGCUGGCCGAGCUCCAUGCUGAUCUGAAGAUACAGGAAAGGGACGAGCUCAACUGGAAGAAACUGAAGGCUGAAGGCUUAGACGAAGACGGGGUGAAGGAGGCAAGACUUGCACACAGUCUCAGCGUCAUCCUGGCCAAGUACGGUCUGGAUGGGAAGAAGGACGCUCAGCUGCUGAGUGGCAACUCCCUCGGGGACAGCGCCCAAGAUGACAGGCUGGAGGACCCCAGGCUGGAGAAAUUGUGGCACAAGGCAAAGACCUCUGGGAAGUUCUCGAGCGAAGAACUGGACAAGCUCUGGCGGGAAUUUUUGCACCACAAAGAGAAAGUUCAUGAGUACAAUGUCUUGCUGGACACUCUGAGCAGAACCGAAGAAAUUCAUGAAAACGUCAUCAGUCCCUCUGACCUGAGCCAAGUUAAGGGCGAGGUCCUGCACAGCAAACACGCUGAGCUGAAGGACAAGCUGCGGAGUAUCAACCAGGGCCUGGACCGCCUGCGGAAAGUCAGCCACCAGGGUUACGGCCCGGAGACGGAGUUCGAAGAACCCAGAGUGAUCGAUCUGUGGGACCUGGCCAAGUCGGCCAACUUCACUGAGAAGGAGCUGGAGUCGUUUCGGGAGGAACUUAAGCACUUUGAAGCCAAAAUCGAAAAGCACAACCACUAUCAGAAGCAGCUGGAGAUUUCGCAUCAGAAGCUGAGGCACGUGGAGAGCGUGGGCGACCGCGAGCACGUCAGCCGGAGCAAGGAGAAGUACGCCGUGCUGGAGGAGAAGACCAAGGAGCUGGGCUACAAGGUAAAGAAGCAUCUGCAGGACCUGUCCAGUAGGGUGUCGCGAGCUCGGCACAAUGAGCUGUGAAGGCAUUGGCCCGGCAGAGGAGGGUUGCCUGGGCCUGUUGAUUCUCCUGCAGGCCAAGGGUUGGGCAGCAGCAUUUACGUGGACAGACGCGUGAUGAAAAUGGCUGGGGCUGGUCACGUGUUGGUCAGGAAGGACGGUUUAAAUGACUGUCUCGAUGCUGCCAUGACCCACGGAGGACUCAGUGGUGGUUACGUCUUGGAUCUGUGAUUGUCCCGUCUCUGGUUGACGGGGCUUCUUUUCUCACACAAACGUGGCAGUGACCACCCCAUUGAGGACCUUGAUAUCCAGCUGUCGGUCAGGCCUGACAGCCCCAUGUUAUGACAACAUGGUUUGCAUCAAAAUCUUGUACAUCUGUCCCUGGAAAUACUGUGUACAAAGUCCAUAAAAAUACAUGCAGUAUUGAAACCAUC